AUGUCUACUGAUGAACUGUGGACUUCGACUAUGGAUUUAGUCAAUCGUAUUCAAAGAGUCAAUAUUUUUCCUGCUCCUCCCAUAGCACUGCAAAGAGCUCACCAAGUCCACAGAAGAAAUUUUAGAGGUAGACGUCGUCCUCGACAUUUAGCCUACUUCUUAUAUCGAAACAUUGUUUCAUUAGAAAUCAAUAGAAUUAAUCGUACUACGGAUCAUAGGGUAAUGAAACUUGUUUCCGAUAUUAUUUGGAAUGGUGCUUCCAGGAUUGAACAAGCUUCAUAUCGUAGGAUCUCCGACCAUAUGAACGAAUAUCAUUGA